AGCACAGGUCUCAAAAGGACGUUCAAAGGAAUUUGUUUUCACUAUAUAUUCUUCCUACUCCUUACUACUUUUUAUUGACGAAGAAAAAAAAGACAGAACUUUUCAUUUAUUUUAUGCCAAAUGUCUUCCAACAUUUAUGAAGACAUUAACUUGGCUAUGAAUGUAGGAUUCACCAAGGGAGCCAGAAAGGACGGUGGACAGAGAGAGGAGAGAAUUAUCGACAUCUACGAUAGUGUGGACAGAGAUUAUGGUGUAAAGCACGAUGGAGGAUUAAACAGUGAGAAGCAUCUUCCAUCCGUCCGAAGAAACCGCUUCAGAGCAGCUGCAUUGACUUUAGGUCUACUGUGUUUCCUGCUGCUGGUUGCAGUCACUGUCCUGUCGACACGUUAUAUUUCACUGACUUUGGAAAAAGAACAGCUGCAGAACAGAAUCGAGGAGCUGCAGGCCAGUAAUGAACAAUGGAACAAUGACUGCUGGGAUAAGAAUAACCACACAGCAUGGAUGAAAUUUGGGUGCAGUUGUUACUACAAAUCUACUGAGAUGAAAAACUGGACGGAGAGCAGGAGAGACUGUAAGGCCAGAGGAGCAGAUCUGGUGGUAAUAGGCAGCCAAAACGAAAAGGAUUUUAUAAGUAAACUGAGUAAACCUGAAACUACCUGGAUCGGUCUGCAGGCAGUGAAAAAAAAAGCAGAUUGGGCUGAUAAAUGGGAAUGGAAUCCAGUGGACCAAUCACCACUGAUAUACGGUGCCUGGAAGAAUGGCGUUGAAGUGAACCCUGUGCACGGGGCUCUGUCCACAGCAUAUGUAGAUCUGGAAGGAACAUGGACACAAACCAACAAUGGUUCCAAAAGAUGGAUCUAUCUAGCUGUCCUCGCUUUAACACCUACAUAACAAAGGCAACCAUGAGAAAAUGAAGUGUACUGAAUCACUCAGAAGGGGAAACUUUACAGAAUGCUAAUCCAG